AUGCCAUCAAUAAUAGCAGCGAGAAGAGCAAAUCCUCUCUUAAACUCACUCCCUCACUUCCUCACAUGGCGAUCCUUAGGAUUCCGCACUAUCUGUAGUGGCCGUCUAGGCUUCGCUCCCUCCGAUACGGACCCGGAUCCACCCGUCUCUUCCUCUGGUUCCAAGUUCCUCGAGUCCUUUAAAGAAGAAUUCGAGAUCGGGUCGCGCUUAAUCACUUUUGAAACUGGAAAAAUUGCUCGAUUCGCAAAUGGCUCUGUAGUUUUGGGGAUGGAACAAACGAAAGUGCUUUCAACUGUCACUUCGUCUAAAGGGGAUUCUGUUCGGGAUUUUUUGCCUCUCACUGUUGAUUAUCAAGAAAAGCAAUUUGCUCAAGGUGUGAUUCCUAGUAGUUUCAUGCGAAGAGAGGGUGCACCAAAAGAACGUGAACUUUUAUGUGGUCGUCUUAUUGAUCGGCCUAUAAGACCACUCUUUCCUGCUGGAUUUUACCACGAGGUUCAGGUGAUGGCAAGUGUUCUUUCUUCAGAUGGGAAACAAGAUCCAGAUGUAAUGGCGGCUAAUGCAACGUCUGCUGCUCUUAUGCUGUCUGACAUUCCUUGGGGUGGUCCCAUUGGAGUGAUUCGCAUAGGAAGAAUUUGUGGAAAGUUUGUUGUUAAUCCAACCAUGGAUGAGCUUAGGUUAAGUGAUCUGAACUUAGUAUAUGCCUGUACAAAGGACAAAACUCUAAUGAUAGAUGCGCAAGCUCGUGAGAUCUCAGAGAAAGAUCUAGAAGCUGGGUUAAGACUGGCACAUCCAGAGGCAGUGAAGUUUCUCGAACCUCAAAUCAGACUGGCUGCCAAAGCUGGGAAGCAUAAGAAGGAUUACAAACUGUCUCUGGUGUCAGAUAGAACAUUGGAAACGGUUAGAAAGUUGACAGAAGCGAAGAUUGAAGCUGUCUUUACAGAUCCUUCAUAUGGUAAGUUUGAGCGUGGAGAAGCCUUAGAGAACAUUGCACAGGAAGUAAAAAGAACCCUCGAGGAAGAAUGUGAUACAGAAAGCUUAACAGUUCUUCCGAAGGUUGUAGACAGAGUACGAAAAGAGAUUGUUCGCAAGAGGAUUAUUGCAGAGGGAUUUAGAGUUGAUGGGAGACGCCUCAAUGAAGUGAGGCCAUUGUAUUGUGAGGCAGGUUAUUUACCUAAUUUGCAUGGAUCUUCAAUUUUUUCUCGUGGAGAUACCCAGGUUCUUUGUACUGUCACUCUUGGUGCACCUGGGGAUGCUCAACGUUUGGAUUCCUUAGUUGGUCCCCCAACAAAGCGUUUCAUGCUUCACUAUAGUUUCCCUCCAUUUUCAAUUAAUGAAGUUGGUAAACGAGUUGGCCUGAACAGACGUGAAGUUGGUCAUGGAACUCUUGCGGAGAAAGCCUUGCUUGCUGUUUUGCCUCCUGAGAACGAUUUUCCGUAUACAAUUCGCAUCAAUUCUGAAGUAAUGGCAUCAGAUGGUUCAACAUCAAUGGCAACCGUUUGUGGAGGCAGUAUGGCCUUGAUGGAUGCUGGCAUUCCUUUGCAAGAACACGUUGCUGGUGUUUCAGUGGGUCUUGUUAGUGAAGUUGAUCCAUCAACUGGAGAGUUUAAGGACUACCGUAUACUGACUGAUAUUUUGGGCCUGGAAGAUCAUUUAGGGGACAUGGACUUCAAAAUUGCUGGAACACAUAAGGGAGUUACUGCAAUUCAGUUGGAUAUAAAACCUGCUGGAAUUCCUUUAGAUAUCAUCUGUGAGUGUUUAGAGCCGGCGCUAAAAGGGCGUCUUCACAUCCUUGACUACAUGAAGCAAGAGAUUAGUGUACCGCGCUCUCAGGAUCAUAGAAAUCCUCCACGAUUAGCUACAUUAAAGUUCAGCAAUGAUACUCUUCGUCGCUUGAUUGGGCCUCUAGGUGUUCUUAAGAGAAAAAUUGAAGAGGAAACAGGCGCACGGAUGUCUGUAAGCGAUGGAACACUUACUGUAGUUGCCAAGAAUCAGACUGUAAUGGAGAGAGUGCAAGAGAAGAUUGAUUUUAUAGUCGGCCGUGAAAUUGAAGUUGGUGGGAUUUACAAAGGCAUUGUAACUUCAAUAAAAGAAUAUGGUGCUUUUGUGGAGUUUAAUGGUGGCCAGCAAGGUCUGCUACAUAUUUCUGAGUUAACACAUGAACCGCUCUCCAAGAUUUCAGAUGUCAUAUCUGUUGGGCAGAAGCUUUCCUUGAUGUGCAUAGGGCAGGAUGUUCGUGGCAACAUCAAAUUAUCACUUAAAGCAACUUUACCCCAGUUGAGAUCUGAGAAAGAUAAUGUUACCGAGAGACCAGUUUCUGUUAAUAAAGAAGCAUCUAAAGUUUGGGCCUCUGUUGGGAAUAUGCCUAAUGAGCAAGAAGAGCAGAAACCGACAGUUGAUGAGUUGGAGGUGAGUAGGAGCAUAGGAAACCCUUCUACUUCCUCAGUUCCUGCUUUUCUGAUUCGAAGUCCUGCUGAGUGUGACAAGGAGGACAAAACUGUUAUUUUGAAUAGGGGUUCUAAGAGCAAAUCUAAAACUUCACGGGCUUCGAAAUGGGAUAGUAAGCAAAAAGCAAAUGUGCCUGAAAGUGAUGAUUCUAAUUCAUCAAUCUUUAGCUCUGUUCUCUCUUCACAUACCGUGGAUAAUUUGAAUCAACAAGAAGAGCAAAAAUCUACAGUUGAUGAGUUGGAGGUGAGUAGGAGCAUGGGAAAUCCUUCUACUUCCUCAAUUUCUGCUUUUCAGAUUCGAAGUGCUGUUGAGUGUGACGAGGACAAAACUGUUAGGUUGAAUCGGGGUUCUAAGAGCAACUCUAAAACCUUACGGGCUUCGAAAUUGGGUCGUAGGCGAAAAGCAAAUGUGCCUGAAAGUGAUGCUGAAGUGGGGCCACCUUUGAGUGCAAAAACUCUUGAAGUUGGAAUGAAGGUUGCUGCCAAGGUUUAUCAAAUUCGCACACAUGGGUUAGUCCUUGAUUUGGGUGGUGGAGUUCGUGGAAUGUAUCGGUUUGAGACCAAUGAAAAGAGGGACUUUGAGAUUGGCGAUGAGUUGCUAGUUGAAUGUAUAAGCUUUUCUAGCAAGGGAGUUCCAGUUCUGUCCUUGGUGGAUGACGAGUGA